UUAUAGAAUCAAAUCAAACAGGAAAAAUCUUCCUGCAAUCAGCAAAGUAGCAGUCAAGACGAACAAAUAGCUUAGGAAGGGGAAGUCAACAAACUAUCGAUCAGCUGAUUGAUGGCACUUGUAAAAUAGCGUAGUAAAUUGGUAAUUAGCGAAUUAAUAAUCAAAGUUAAUCAUUCGUGACUUUCUAUCAUGAAUUACGAUAAAAAUUUAUAGCUUCUUUAUCACUCUUCGUAGUAAUUAAUCGCACACUUGUAGGUCAGUUGAUUCUGGCUCUUCAGUUUGAAUUCCAAGAUUGUGUCGUAGCCUCGUACAGCUUUGCUCAUGUCAUAAAUUACGUUGAAUUCUUGAUGUCAGCUUUGUUUACGGUCAGUCGGUUGCGUAAGGUUUUUGAAUAUUAAUAAUUUAACACUCCUCAUUCCCAGUCGUUCGUACGGUUCCAUUGGAUCGAAGAUGUGUUAGGUGUUUGUGUUUUCAUUCUACGAACUUGCGAAUUCAUCUUCACUCGAACUCCCUAUAACGAAUUAAAUUUCAUCUGUAAUAUCGUCUUAUUUGUAUCGCUGAUUUUGAAAAUGAAAGAAGAUAUUCUAACCAUUUGGAAGAACGCUGAUGCUGUGUGUUUCGAUGUGGACUCUACUGUCAUUCAAAACGAAGCUAUCGACGAAUUGGCUACAUUUUGCGGUAAAUCGGACGAAAUUAAAGCUUUAACCAAAUCAGCCAUGUCGGGCCAAGUCGAAUUCAGCGAAUCGUUAUCCCGAAGAUUAAGUAUAAUCUCACCAACGAUAACUCAAAUGCGAGAUUUCAUCAAAUUACACCCAGUUCAACUGACAAAAAAUGUCAAAGAAUUGAUUGACAAACUACACCAUAAAAGCAUACCAGUAUAUUUGGUAUCUGGUGGUUUUCGUGGCGUAAUCGGGCCGAUAGCCAUUGAAUUAAAUGUACCGUUACAGAAUAUUUAUGCGAACAAACUCAAGUUUUUUUUCAAUGGAGAUUAUGCCGGAUUUGAUGAAAGUGAACCUACGUCGAAGAGCGGAGGAAAAGCUCAAGUUAUCGAACAGCUUAAGAAGAAACAUAGUUAUAAUAAGGUGAUCAUGAUCGGUGACGGUAUAACCGAUGCCGAAGCUUGUCCACCUGCUGAUGCAUUUAUCGGGUUCGGAGGUAAUGUGGUUAGAGAAGAAGUUAAAGCUAGAGCUGAUUGGUAUGUUACUGAUUUCCAAGAAUUAAUCGAUGCGUUGUGAAUGAUGAUCCGGAUUCUAGUCCUAAAGUGUCAUUACCUUCGGCGAUGACGAUAAUAUAUUCAAAUUCAACCAUAAUUAAUUAUUUCAUUUUUUUUCAUUGAGUUUCGAAAACAAUAACUUAAUAAUGUAUCCGCCAAGCAAUUUUUAUACGUUUUGUAACUCAUGGUUGUAUUUUCUUUCUUAUUUUCUUUUUUUUUUUUUUUGCGAAUAUUUAAUAUUUGUCAAUGGUGAUUUGUGAUUUAUUUUUAUUUUCUAUUGCUGUUAAUUUUCAUUUUAUUUUCGCUGUUUAUUUACAUUUAUAAUUUUUUCUCUUGACUAUAUGUUCUUUGUUCUUUCUGUCAAAAUGAAAUAGAGCCCAAAAUUUGUUUAUCAUAA